AUGUACUCGGGCGGGAUGGAGCUCGAGCCGACGCACGCCCGCAUCAGGGCUCGGGCUGGCACACAAUGGCCCCUUGACACGUUGGCAGCUGAUCGUCGACGCACAUCGGAGCUGGCUCGAGCAGCAUUGGCAUCACCAGACCAAGACGAGUUGCUGCUGCAGUCCAGCGAACCAUCGGAGCCAUGCCGAACCGAGGGGCCGGCGCCUCCAAGCGGCGGUGCGGCCGACGCUCCUCAUGGUCCCCUCCUCAUUCAAAGCAACGAGCGACGAGAGCCGCGUCAAAGUGCCUUGCUUCCGUUCCGUGCACGCGCUUCUGUUGUCGAGCUGCCGCCGCCCUGUCAACGCCGAGUCGAGUUGUUGCUCUGCACAGCAUUGCGCACUCUGGCUACAGUGCAGCUCUCGUGCAGCCACCAGCGCGGCAUCUCGCCGAUCCCUCGUCCUUGCGUCGACGCUCUUUUUCGCCCGCGUCGUGACCGUCCUCACAUUAUCGCCGUUGCCAUAGGAUUCACUUCGCUUGCUUCCGCUUGCUUUCGCUUGCUCCGUCAGCUGCUCCUGUCUGCGUCGGCGUCGGCGUCGUUGCACCUCUCGCCUUCCACCAUCUGCUCCUGCAUCCUCUUGCCGGCUGCUCUCUCUCUCUCUCCCUUUCGAUCGCCUUUGCCUCGUCUCGCCUUGCACCACGCCGCAUCGCCUCGCACCGCAUUGCACCGCACAACCUCGCUUGACCGCUAUCGCCGCUGCUGCCGACGCCCACGCCGCUGCUCGAACCGCAGCACCUUUGCAUUCGCCUUCCACCACCACACCGACUCGCUCUGGCAAGCGCUUCGCCAAUCGUUUCCUCGCUCGACAUCCACCACGCGGCGUCGCUUCACCUGCUCGUUCCCGUUUCAUGCCCGUCUCGCCAUCGACUCGGCCUAG